AUGGAUCAUUCAGUCAAAACCCCUGUUUUGUCUGUUAAAAUGUGGCCACCAAGCAAGAGUACACGCCUCAUGCUCGUAGACCGCAUGACCAAGAACAUAACCACCCCUUCCAUCUUCUCCCGAAAGUACGGUCUCUUGUCUCCGCAAGAGGCUGAAGAAAACGCCAAACGAAUCGAAGACAUUGCUUUCUCCGCUGCCAACAAACACUUCCAGAGCGAGCCUGAUGGUGACGGCACCUCUGCUGUUCACCUCUACGCUAAAGAAUCCAGCAAACUCAUGCUUGAAGUCAUCAAACGUGGUCCCCAAGAGGUUGAAUCAGAGGCCAAGAACUCCUCUGGUGAUGGUGAUAGCUUGUUUGAUUUAUCUGGUGGACGUAGAGCGUUCAUUGAGGAAGAUGAGGCACGUGAGCUCUUGAGGCCUUUGACUGAACAGAACUCUUAUACCAAGAUUCGUUUCAGCAACAGGAGUUUUGGCUUGGAGGCUGCUAAGUUCGCUGUUAGCGUCUUGUCUUCCAUGAAAGAUCAGUUAACGGAAGUGGAUCUCUCUGAUUUUGUUGCGGGAAGACCGGAGUUAGAAGCGCUUGAAGUCAUGACUAUGUUCUCAUCUGCUUUGGAGGGUUGCAAGCUUAAGUGUUUGAAUCUUUCGGACAAUGCUUUGGGAGAGAAAGGGAUUCGUGCGUUUGCUUCUCUCAUCAAGUCUCAGCGUGAGUUAGAGGAGCUUUAUCUGAUGAAUGAUGGCAUCUCCGAGGAUGCUGCAAGAGCGGUUCGUGAGUUGCUUCCUUCUACUGGCGCAAUCAGGGUUCUUCAGUUUCAUAACAACAUGACAGGAGACGAAGGAGCUGUUGCCAUUGCGGAGAUUGUGAAGUUAUGUCCGUCUUUGGAAGAUUUCAGGUGUUCUUCUACAAGGAUUGGUUCUGAAGGAGGUGUUGCGCUUGCUGAGGCGCUUGCGUGCUGUAGUCACUUGAAGAAACUUGAUCUUCGUGACAACAUGUUUGGAGUUGAAGGUGGAGUUGCAUUGGCCAAGACUUUGUCAGUGUUGGCUGAGUUAACCGAGAUCUAUAUGAGUUACUUGAACUUGGAGGAUGAGGGAACAGAGGCACUUGCUGAAUCUCUGAUUAAGUCUGCCCCUUGUCUUCAAGUUCUAGAAUUGGCUGGGAACGACAUUACUGUGAAGUCCACAGGGAAAUUAGCAGAUUGCAUUGCCUUAAAGGAGUCUCUUACGAAGCUGAAUUUAUCUGAGAAUGAACUCAAAGACGAAGGGACUAUCUUAAUUGCAAAGGCACUUGAAGAAGGUCAUGACCAGUUGGCUGAAGUUGACAUGAGCACCAACAUGAUGAGAAGAGCUGGGGCAAGGGCUUUAGCACAAACUGUUUUGAAGAAACAUACUUUCAAGCUUCUCAACAUUAAUGGAAACUUCAUAUCUGAGGAAGGUGUGGACGAGGUAAAUGAAAUGUUUAAGGAUUCUCAGGACAAGCUUGGUCCUCUAGAUGAUAAUGACCCUGAAGGAGAAGAUUUUGAAGAUGAAGACGAAGAAGGAGAAGAAGACAAUGAACUGGAAGCAAAACUCGGAGGUCUCAAAAUCAAGCAAGAAGAGACAUGAGGUUAUGCUAUUGUUGCUAUGACGUAUGUAAGGAAGGAUCUAAGAGACUGUGUUAAGAUCUAUUUUCUUGAAACAUCAAACCUGUUUAUCUUUCAAGUAAACUAUAUGUUUGUUGUUUGUUACUCUUUUCAGUUAUGAUUUUAAAUGACCUAUGUUCGUC